AUGGAGUCGCUUCCCCGCGAAUUAAUCGACGCCAUCCUCCAGAAAUGCGUCGACUUGGGUCACCGAAACAAUGUGUUGGACUUGCGCCUCGUUUGCAGAGCCUUCGAUCGCUUCCUUAAACCAUACGCAUGCCGGACCGUUGCCCUCGAGUUCAGCCGUCUAAGUAAGAACAGCCGCCGUCGGCAACCCGAUAUCGACUCCCUUCAGACGAUCGGAUACCAUUGCAAGUCCAUGUACAUUGACCUGAUGGUCCUUCGCGACGAAUUGGAAGUGGAAUUUCUGUCCACUAUCUUCGACCGCAUACCCUCUAUGAAGCAGUUCGUUCAGACCCUACAGCGCGAAUACUGCAUGUCUCCGGCCUCCUUCACAUCGUUGGACUACCGACAUACCCUCGAAACGAUACUGUUCAACUGUCAAUUCGUCUCCUCUCUCCGUCUAAACCUACCUUUCCAGCUUGUCGGCCACCGUUGCAAUGCCGCUACGAUGAUUCUUGCAAAUACCUUCUCUGCCUUCUCGCGGCGCCCGGAGGAUUCUUUGCCACUGAAGACACUCGUUCUUGAAAAUGUUUCGGAUCAAGCCAUUGUCGAUCUCUGGACAAAUCCCUCCGACGUGCUCGCCAUCAUGCGCGCCAUCCUCCAUCUCGACCAUAUGAUGAUCUCUUUUCGCCGCCAUGAGGUCGACCCACCCCGCGUAUCCUUCUAUGGCACAUGCCUAUGGGACCUUAUACACAACGCGGAUGUUCUGAAAACACUAUGUCUGUCGGGCACCGACGACGAUCGUCCACCACGGGGCCUGAAGCAUACAAAAUCAUGGAACAUGACACUGGACGAGUGGCGGGCCCGCGCGCUGCCUCCUCCACCAGUCACGCUUACCUUCCUAACGGCCCUCGAACUGAAGCGCGUCGAGAUCACCCCACUUUUCCUCCGAUGUGCCGCUCGUAACUUCGGCGUGACCUUGCGCGAGCUGUACCUGAACGAGGUUUAUCUCAAAGUUGAGCAAGGGCAAAGCCUUAACGAAGACUCGAGGCAGAUUCUCUGGAUAGGCCUUCCAAACCAGCGCCCUGGCCUUCACGACGACUGGAUGGCCAUGAUUAUCCGUGAUUCUUGCCCGAAGCUCGAAAUUUGCCGUGCCUCCUUCCUGGGCUAUGACCUCUACACCCGCGACGACUUGCCGCCCUCGCCCGCUCCAUCGCCACCGGACUUUGACUUCGUUGACCCCUGUGGGCUAGGUCGCUCUAUUGCGCAACGUUUUGUCGAGGUCGCCCUUGGGUAUCAUCAGCCGCCACAAGCAGACGGCAGCCCCGUAUGCUACCUCCCAGCGCUGGAAUCCAACGACCAUCUCCUUACCCAGAUGCGGCCCCGCACCCGGGCCCUGCGGGUUACCGAAUACGACGUGAAUGCGUAUCAGACAGCCAUACGGAACGACACCAGCAGUUGGCAGCGCAGCAUCGACGGUGUAUUUCCGAACUGUAACAGCGGCACGCUCGAAGAGCUUCAUUACAUCGCUGAGACUGCAUGCCAAGGUAUGAAUGAGAUCCAGCGGCAGCGCAACGAGCACUUGGGGCAGGGUGAGGAGGGCGGCGGCGGCGGCGAAAUUGGCGAUGGCGCCAAUGGCGGCGGUGGAAACUUGGCAGAGAACCUCUUGAAUUUAAACUUUGCAGAGGAAUGA